AUGCGCUUCCACUCUUUCCUCACUCUGGCUUCAGUCGUCGGCCUCGCCAGCAUCGUCGCCGCCGACGACGCCCACUCCAACCUGGACUGGUACGGCCCCAAGCAGGUUCACACCCAGGUGUGCGGGCAUCCCGGCGACGAGCACCCUGAGAACUGCGACGACUUUUACAACGAUGUCCGCGACGAGCUUCACAAAAAGGUCAUGGACACGUGCAAGGAGGCCUCGUGCUCCGGCUCCUUUGAGCAAUACCGCUUCCAGGUCACCGUCGAGGCCGUUUUCCCGCCCGAGGCCAAGGGCGAGUUUGACACGCAAAUGGGCAACAUUAUCGGCAAGAUGCUCACGCACGAGAACCAAAAGGCCAUUACCCCCACGGCGAUUGAGACCAAGUUCACCAUCCCCAGCAAGAUGAUACUCAACCGGUUCGGCGACGGCAACGAAAAGGGCCACCUCACAAUGACGGUCACGGUGGACGACGAGGACGGUCUCUGCGAACUCUUUCAGAAAAUAGGAACCGCUGGCAGCGUGCUCCCCGAGGUAGGCCCCUUCUUUGGCCUGAUCAACCUCGCAGACUGCUAG